GUUUAGCUUAUCGAAUGAAUAAAAAAACAAUGGGAGUUUAUUAUAGCGUUUUCACUCCACCGCUGCCCUCAUCGUCAUUCUCUCUCAUCCUCCUCUCAUCCUCUUACUCCCCUUCAUCAUUGCCGCUGCCGUCAUCACCAUUCUCUUCAAUUCUUGUGAGUUCUAAUUUAUCAAGGCAAUUUGAGGGGACUCUCUGCUCUUUCUCAAACUAGAUAGCAUAGCUGCUUGUUGAUGCUUCUCAAUCAUCUGAACGACCAAUAUCUCCAACUCUCUUUGGAAUUUUCUUGGAGGAGAUUAACCAUGCUGGAGCUGGUGGGUUGUGGGCUGAGCUUGUAAGCAACAAAGGAUAUUCAAGGACAAUAGGAUCGUGUGGCAUAGCUGGUUUGAAAUUGUUUUCUCAACACAAGUAUUGUUGUUUGAAUUUUAGAUUUUGCUUGCCUACAAAUUACAUGAAUAUAUGAUGCUGGAUAAAGGUUGGGUGCGUCUUCACAGAGCUGAUCCCGAGUACGAGAAAGGGGCAUGGAAUUUUGUGAAAACGGUCACAAGGAACCUGGGAAACCCUGAAAUGAUCUUAUGUCCUUGCAUAGAUUGUCGCAAUGUAGAUCAUCAGCAUGGCAGUAUUGUUGUUGAACAUUUGGUUACAAGGGGAAUGGAGGCCAAGUACAAACAAAGAAAAGAUUGGUAUGAGCAUGGGGAGCAGACAAUUAAUGGUCAUAAAAAUGAGGAAGUGGUCAAUGAUGAGAUAUAUGAGUUAUUUAAAGCUGCCCAAUUUUUGGAUCAAGACUGUAUCAAGCCUACUGAGUUUGUUAAUGAAGAUUGUGUUGAGCCCACUGAAGACAUACAUGAUGAUGAUUUCAUAGCAAAACUAGAAGAUGCAGAAACUCCUUUGUACCCGAAUUGUUCAAACUACAACAGGUUAUCAGCCAUUGUAGCUUUAUAUCGACUUAAAACUCAGAGUGGGUGGUCUAAUAAGAGUUUUAAUGAGCUUCUUGAGACAUUGCCAGACAUGCUUCCAAAGGACAAUGUACUUCAUAAGUCAAUGUACUCAGUGAAAAAGUUUCUAAAGACAUUUGAGAUAGGCUAUGAAAAAAUUCAUGCUUGUGAGAAUGAUUGCUGUCUAUUUAGAAAAGAGUACAAGGACUUGGACAAUUGUCCCAAAUGUGGUGCCUCAAGAUGGAAAAAAAACAAGCGGACCAAUGAGAUUAAAAGAGGUGUUCCGGUUAAAGUUUUAAGAUACUUUCCUAUCAUUCCAAGACUCAAAAGGAUGUUCAGGUCUGAGAAAAUGGCUGAAGAUUUAAGGUGGCAUUUCAAUAAUAAAAGUAAUGAUGGGAAAAUGCGUCACCCUGUUGAUUCGGUGACAUGGGACUUGGUUAAUGAUAAAUGGGAAUCAUUUGCAGUUGAUCCACGCAAUCUUAGACUUGGGCUUUCUACUGAUGGUUUCAAUCCCUUCUCCAUGUUAAGCUCCAAAUAUAGUUGUUGGCCGGUGAUGUUGGUUACAUAUAACUUGCCUCCUGCAUUGUGCAUGAAGAAAGAGAAUAUUAUGCUAACACUAUUGAUUCCGGGUCCAAAGCAACCUGGAAAUGACAUAGACAUUUAUUUACAACCACUUAUAGAAGACUUGGAACACUUGUGGCACAAUGGAGUGGUGGCUUAUGAUGCUUUUAGUAGAACAACAUUCAAUCUCAAAGCAAUUUUGCUAUGGACUAUAAGUGAUUUUCCAGCGUAUGGAAACCUUGCCGGAUGUUGUACAAAGGGAAAAAUGGCAUGUCCUCUUUGUGGAAAGAAUACACAUCAUAGAUGGUUAACUCAUAGUAGAAAAUUUGCAUACAUGGGCCAUAGGAAAUUUCUGUCACCUACACAUUCAUAUCGGGGAAAAAAGGCCUGGUUUGACAACAAUGUGGAACAUGGAAGGAAGCCAAGAAUCUUGACAGGUCGGAAUAUUUCAGUUGCUCUUAGAAAUUUUCCAAAUGAUUUUGGAAAAGGUAGUAACAAAAAAAGAAAAAGGAAUGACAAUGCCGAUCCAUAUUCUGAUGGUGAAGACAAUGAUGAUGUUAAUGAUGACUAUGAUGAUCAAGAGGAGCUAUCAAGGUGGAAGAAAAGGUCAAUCUUUUUUAAUUUACCAUAUUGGGAGGAACUUCCAUUACGUCAUAACUUAGACGUAAUGCAUGUAGAGAAAAAUGUCUGUGAGAGCAUAAUAGGCACAAUGUUGCAUUGUGGUAAGUCAAAAGAUGGACUUAAUGCUCGCAAGGAUUUACAAGAUAUGCAAAUUCGGAAGGAUCUACAUCCUCAACCUCGUGGAAGAAGAACAUACCUUCCUCCAGCUCCAUGGACAUUCUCAAGGUCAGAAAAAAAGAGAUUCUGCAAGAGAUUGUAUGACUUCAAGGGACCUGAUGGUUAUUGCUCAAACAUUGGGAAGUGUGUAUGUUUGGAGGAAUACAAAGUUAUUGGCCUCAAGUCCCAUGAUUAUCAUGUUCUAAUGCAACAGCUGCUUCCGGUUGCUUUAAGAGGAUUGCUUCCGAAAGGGCCUAGAAAAGCAAUACUUCGGUUAUGUGCUUUCUUCAACAAGCUAUGUCAGCGUGUUAUAGAUAGAGAAAAAAUAGCAAUCUUGGAGGAAGAGAUCAUUGAAACUUUGUGCAUGCUCGAAAGGUUCUUUCCACCUUCUUUUUUUGAUAUUAUGGUGCACUUAACGGUUCAUCUUGGAAGAGAAGCCCGACUAUGUGGUCCUGUUCAUUUUCGUUGGAUGUAUCCCUUUGAGAGAUAUAUGAAAACACUAAAAGACUUCGUCCGGAACCCUGCAAGACUAGAGGGGUGUAUUGCUGAAUCAUAUCUUGCAGAAGAGUGCAUGAGGUUUUGUACUGAGUUUCUGAAAAAAACAAUACACAUGGAGGAAAAACAAGUUCGCAAUGACGAUUUUGGCAAUGAAGUGAUUCUCGAAGGUCGUCCAAUUUCUGGAGCCACAUCCAUCACAUUAAGUGAUAGAGAGAAGAAAAUUGCACAUCUUGCUGUGUUAAUGAAUACAGCUGUGGUGGAUCCAUAUUUAGACAUACACUUGGAGGAGUUACAAGAGUCAAACGAACGCCUUAGAAAUGAUGCAACCUUACUUUGGAAUAGACAUACUGAAAAAUUUGCAGAAUGGAUAAAAAAGAAGGUUCCUAUUGAUUCAAAUAAUCACUCGGAGACAUUGAAAUGGAUUGCAUAUGGUCCACGGAGUAGUGCGUUGUCUUUUACUGGGUAUAUUGUCAAUGGGCAGCAAAAGAUACGCAAAACAGUGGGGUGACUUAUGAUGCAACUAGCAUGUGUAGGGCAAGCGCAAAAGAUACUGCACAAGUGCCUGAUUUGGUUACUUACUAUGGAACGUUGACAGAUAUAAUAUUACUAGACUAUCACGUAUUCUAUGUUCCGGUCUUUAGGUGUCAAUGGGCAAAUAAAG